AUGGCCAUCACUCUGUACAUCUUGCCCGGCAGCCCACCCUGCUGGCUUGUGCUCUUGGUUGCCAAGUACCUAGGCGUGGAAGUUAAAAUCAGGAACGUGGACGUGGCAAACAAGGAGCAACUAAGUGAGGAAUACCUCAAGAUAAACCCAUUCCGCAAGGUUCCUGCUAUGGAUGAUGACGGCUUCGUUGUUUACGAAAGCUCGGCAAUCGCCUACUACUUGCUCCGGAAGUACGCACCGAAAGCUGAGCUAUACCCCGAAGACAUCAAAUUACGCACCCGCAUCGACCAGGUCCUCGCCGCCAUUUAUGCCACCGUUCAUCCUCAAGUGGCUGACUUUUUCCGUCGUCGCAUACUUCUCAAGACAAAGCCCACUGCUGAAGAGGUGACUGCCUUCGAGGAUAAUGUUGUCAGAGGUAUCGAACAGCUCAUCGGUGAUGGCAAGUACGCCGUCGGCGACAACCUCACCCUUGCCGAUCUGGCCAUAUUGCCUCAGCUGACCUUGCCUCUUGAGAUCAGCAGCAUCUACCAUUCUAAGUACCCCAAGCUCGCGAGCUACUACGGACGAAUCAAAUCUCAGCUACCUUACUUCGAGGAAAUGUACAGAGCUGUCAUCGACCACGCUAAGCAACAGUGGGCCGCGCUGAACGUCCGGCUGGCGCUCCGCAAACUGCGGCAUCCUAUCUUGUAUAACGACCGUGCUCUCUCCUCCUCGGACUCUCUCCGUAAGGAAAGGGGCAAAAUUACCGGCUGCGUAAACGACCUUGCCCGCCACGGCGGCACUUGGGCGGAAGCGGGGGGAGGGGGUGCCGCCGGGCAAGCCACGCCGACGGCCCCUUCCCCCAAGGACGGCCACGGUAUCCACUGCUCCUCUGGGACCGGGCGAGAGUGGAGCAGACACCGGCUUGUUGUUGCACGGAACGCCAGCAUUCAUUUUGGAGCAUUUGCCUCGUGCAGAGCACCACCGACCCCCAGCGCGAUGCCGUACACCCUGUACAACCUCUACGGCAGCCCGCCGUGCGCCUUGGUGAGGAUGCUGGCGAAGCACAUCGGCGUCGAUUUGGAGCUGAAGAACGUGGACACCUUCAAGCGCGAGCACUUCGCGCCGGAAUACCUCAAGUUGAAUCCCUUCCACAAGAUUCCUACCUUCUCUGAUGAUGGCUUCAUUAUAUAUGAAAGCUCGGCUAUCUGCUACUACCUGCUGAGAAAACACGCCCCCGAGAACGAGCUCUACCCGAACUGCCCCAAGGCCCGUGCGCGUAUCGAUCAAGCUCUCGCCACAAUUACCAGCACCAUCCAACCUCACUACUUCAAGUUCUUGAUACCGCGCUUUUAUGAUUUGAAGAAGCCCACCGCAGAGGAGGUUGAGCAGUUUGAGGAGAACGUGGUCAAGGGUUUCGAGCACGUACUGGGAGAAGGAAACUACGUGCUGGGUGACAAACUCAGCCUCGCUGACCUCAGCUUGGUGGCUCACCUCACCCUUGUUCUUGAGGUGCCUUUCCUGGAUGCUGAAAAGUACCCAAAACUGAAGGCCUACUACGAUCGCCUGAAGGUGGAACUGCCGUACUUCGAAGAAGUGAACCGGCAAGGAAUCUCCGCCUUGGGGACCCUUUGCGCCGGUUUGAAAUAGAUUUCGGUGGCACUAAUGUCACACCGUUGUGUGAGAAUAAACGCGUUCUAUAAACCUG